UUUGAGGACAGAAAUGGUAACAGAAUUUUUCCGAAAUUGAUGCGGGGUUCUCAGUGUCUCUUUCUCUUCCCCUUCGUUCCAUUUCUUUUCCCCGAGUCUUCGGACGAUCUCUGCAACAGCUGAGGUCGUUCGAAUUCUAAAAUCAUGGCGAUUCUAAACGAUUUUCUGACAUUUUUCCUCUUAUUGUCAAUUCUAAACCGAGUUGAGUCGAACCGGAUCUCGAAUGUUUGUGAUUUCAGCUUUUUACAACAAAACAAGCUUUACAACUAUAGCUUGGAUUCUCCUACUUCAAAUUAUCCUCACGGGGUUCUUAGCGAAGAUGGAUUUUACAAGGUGGCGGCGAAUAAGACAGUUCUUUGGUUUCAGCUCUGUGAUGGAAUGAUAUUCAACCACAACCCACCUAGAUGUGUUGGCUGCCUGGAUUGUGGGGGGCCAGCCCGCUGUGGAAUGGAAUGUAGUGCGCUCGUGUCUGAAAAUUUAGGAGGAUAUGAUGUUUGCACAACUAUUGGGCGAGCCUCGAGCAUUCAAAUAAGUCUAAUUGAUAAAGCGAAGCCUCACACAGGUGUUGUUGUUAAAAUGUCAAGUGGUGGUCUCAGGGUUAACUGUUCACUAUCUGUAUCUGUUUACUGUGAUGCAAAUGGAGUUAAAGGACCAAAUGCAUUGAAACAUAUAGGAGAUUGUGAAUAUACUACAGAGUUAAGACACCCUAACGGUUGUGCGAAGAUUAUAUCUGUUCAUCGAAGCGGGUGGAGCUGGUUGGGUACUCUUUUUAUCAUUAUUUUGUGCCUUUUGGGAGCGUAUCUGGUGGCUGGUACAGCUUAUCGGUUUUUCGCCCUUGGCAUUCGUGGUAUAGAACUUAUCCCAAAUUUGGAGUUUUGGCUCAGUUUACCACAUAGAACUCAGGUUUUCUUUGGGUCACUCGUACGAAGGUUUAGAGGGCCCACUGAAGGGCAUCGAAGUUCUUAUUCUCCUGUCAACUUCUGAGCGGCUGCAUGUCUUCUGUAUAAAAAAGUGGAGCUACGCGACCAGCAGCAUGGCUCAUCUAAGUGCCAACUCCCAAGAGCAAUGUUUUUGUAUUUUUUUUGUGUUAGUAAUAUUCAAUUCAUUCUCCCUGACGCCUGUUGUUCAUUUGGUUAUAUUCUUUUGAUUUCUUUCUCUCCGAUUUUGAUUGGGGAAAAAAUGACCAAUUUCAUAACCAAUUUUUGAAGGUUAUAGUCUUAGCAAAUGUGUAAUACUCAAAUGUGUAAUGGUUAUUGUUUUAGAGAGAGAAGUUGUAGCA